GUCAAAAAAAUGAAGGUGUAAAAGAUCAAAAGAGCGAAGUAAAAAAGAUCAAGAGAGCGAAGGUAAAAAAAGGCCAAGAGAGUGAAGGUGAAAAAUGCCAAGAGAGCGAAAAUGCAAAAGGUCAAAAGGGUGAAGGUGAAGAUGUUCAAAAGAGUGAAGAUAUAAAAGGUCAAAAGAGAGAAAGUGAAGAAGGUCAAAAGAACAAACCCAUACCUCCAGGUGUAUUUAAAAAUGCUUCCCUAUUCAGUGCUCUAACCUUUGAUGACCUUUUGGAAUUUACCCAAAAAACUUCAUUAAAUUGUUUUAACCUUAAAACAUUUAUAAUGUUCAUCAUUACAAAAUCAUCGUCUUAUCUCAAACUAUCACCAGAGAAUACAUUAUAUUGGUUUAAGGAGGUUGUAUAUCAGAUAUUUUCAAAGAAUAUUGCCAUUAAAUAUUAUGAAAAUGCAGAAAGAGAAGUAAACGAUUUUAAGACUAAACAGGCAGAAAGCAAACACUUUGGUUUCUGGUAUCUGGUUGGAAAAUGGAACUUCAAAAAGAUAGCAAAAGAAGAAUUUGCUUCGUCACCACAUCAUUCAAUUAAUGUAAGAAAAAGGAUUCAAGAAUCUGAGUAUCGUUUACGGUUUGCCAAGCGUGUCAAGGCCAGUUUAAAACCAAAUAAUGAGUUUAAUAAAUUCAUUGAAGCAGUCAUAAGGUUUGAUUUGGAACAGUUGCCUGAAAAUAAACCACUCCGAAGUUGGCACAUCAAUACCGAUGCUAUCCCUCCGAUUGAAAUUUCCGAGAAAACUUGGUUGACAGAUACAGUUCAUCAAUUUUUAGAAGCAGCUGUGCACAACAUUCCUGGGCUCAUAUGCGCUACUCUUUCGAGACAUCUUGGAAAUGAAGAAAAUCGUAAACCUGACAGAACUGUAAGAUUAAAACUUGAAGACAACCAGUUUGAAAUUCUCUAUAUAGAAGGUGCAAACCCAGAAUUGAAAGGAAAAAGUAUCAAGAAGACGCAGAAAAACUCCAGCAGCUAA